AUGGCUYCCAGCACUGGACUCCGAAUUGCCAUGGGAGCAGACAACGCAGGCUGUGGCUACAAGGCGAAGAUCAAGGCGGACCUGGAAGCAGAUCCUCGAGUAGCAAAAGUCAUCGAUGUCGGUGUCAACGAGUCCUCGGACAAUACCGCAUACCCACAUCCCGCCGUCGAUGCCGCGAAGCUGAUUGCAUCUGGCGAGGCUGAUCGUGCUCUCUUGAUCUGCGGAACGGGUCUAGGAGUGGCUAUCAGUGCGAAUAAAGUUCCUGGCAUCAGAGCGGUUACCGCACAUGACAGUUUCAGUGUAGAGAGAGCUGUCUUGAGCAAUGAUGCUCAAGUGCUAUGUAUGGGUGAGAGGGUCAUUGGAAUUGAGUUGGCGAGGAGAUUGGCCAAGGAGUGGAUUGGGUAUAAGUUCGAUCCCUCUUCGGCGAGCGCGGCUAAGGUGGAUGCUAUCAUGGAGCACGAGAAGAAGAACUUCCAGCAAAGUUGA